AAAAAACUAUCCGACGCUCGAAAGUUAGUUCGCUCGGCGUUUUUUGAGGAAAGUUUUUCCAAUUUUCGAUGAUUUAACUUCAAAAACGAACUGAAAUAGGAAGAUAAAAAUUAAAAACAUUCAAAAAUGAAUUUUCCUCCCGGAAUUCCUCCUCCCAUGGCAAUGGUUUGGAGUGAACACAAAGCUCCCGAUGGCAAGACCUACUAUUACAAUUCCGUGACAAAACAAAGUGUUUGGGACAAACCCGACGAGUUAAAAUCCCCCGCAGAGCGUCUCUUAUCGGUUUGUCCAUGGAAAGAAUACAAAUCGGAUCAAGGCAAAACGUAUUAUCACAAUCUCCAGACGAAAGAAUCAACUUGGAAUAUUCCUCCCGAACUCGCUGAACUUCAGGCGAAAGUAGCAGCUGAAUUGGCAGCAAAAGGCGCCACAGCAUUCGCUCCGAUGAUGAUUCCGCCGGGACUUCCAAUGGGAGCAAUGCCCGGCGGACCAACUUUGAUGGCAGAAAAUCCCGUGGGAACGCCAGGAUCUGCGGAAAACUCAUCGUCAGCAUUGGAAGCAGCGAUGGCAGCAACUUUGGCGGCAAUUGAAGUCCCUGACGCCCCAACUGAAAGUAAAAAAGAGAAGGAAAAGACGCCAGAACCAAUAAUCGAGUUCAAAGACAAAAAAGAAGCUAUUGAAGCGUUUAAGGAAUUUUUAAAGGAAAAAAAUGUUCCGUCAUCAGCAAAUUGGGAUCAUUGCUUAAAAAUAAUUUCAAAAGAUUCGCGUUACAAUUCCUUUAAAAAACUCCAGGAGAAGAAACAGGCUUUUAAUACGUACAAAACGCAAAAAUUGAAGGACGAGCGCGAAGAACAACGCAUAAAAAUUAAACAAGCAAAGGAAAAUUUGGAAAAAUUCCUUAUGUCAACUGACAAAAUCGAUUCAACGACGAAAUUCUAUCGAUGCGAAGAAAUUUUCGGCAAUCUUGACGUUUGGAAGUCUGUUCCGGAGCAAGAUCGACGCGAUAUUUACGACGAUUGCAUUUUUGCGCUGUCAAAAAGGGAAAAAGAAGAGCAAAGAAUCAUGAAAAAACGAAAUAUGCGAGUUUUGGGAGAACUUUUGGAAUCGAUGACUUCAGUUACGUUCCAAACGACAUGGGCAGAGGCUCAAGUUAUGCUUUUAGAGAACUCACAAUUCAAAAAUGACGUUCAUUUAUUGGGCAUGGAUAAGGAAGAUGCUUUAAUUGUGUUCGAGGAUCACAUUCGAACUUUAGAACGGGAAGAAAUUGAAGAAAAAGAACGCGAGAAAAAGCGUCAGAAGCGACUUCAUCGCAAAAAUCGCGAUCAAUUCCUUGCGUUACUCGAUACGUUGCAUGAAGAAGGAAAACUUACCUCGAUGUCGUUGUGGGUUGAACUUUAUCCGAUUAUUUCGGCAGAUUUGAGAUUUUCCGCCAUGCUGGGACAAACCGGAUCAACGCCUCUUGAUCUCUUCAAGUUCUACGUUGAAAACCUAAAAGCUCGUUUUCAUGACGAGAAGAAAAUUAUCAAAGAAAUUCUCAAGGAGAAACCUUUCCAAGUACAAGCCGACACAACUUUCGAGGAUUUUGCGACUGUUGUGUGCGAAGAUAAGCGCAGUGCGACAUUGGAUGCCGGCAAUGUCAAAUUAACGUACAAUUCGUUGCUCGAAAAGGCAGAAGCAGUCGAAAAAGAGCGCAUGAAGGAGGAAAAUAAGCGAAUUAAGAAGCUUGAGAAUGAGAUUAAAGGCGUUUGGUUGGAAGCGGGACUUACGACGGAAGAUCCAUGGGAAAAGGCAAAAGCUUUGGUUGAAACGUUGGAGGCGACGGAGUUGUAUGAGAAGGAAAAAGGCCCGUUGGAGAAUUUGUGGAACGAUUUUGCGAAAGAAACGGAGGAUUCGUGCACGCAUCAUCACUCAAAGUCGAAAAAAUCGAAGAAAAAUAAGAAAAAGUCGAAGAAACGAUCGAGUUCGGUGUCAGAAUCGGAACAAGGAUCGGAUUAUGAAUAUGAGAAGAAGAAGAAAAAACGUUCGCGAUCACGAAGUCGCUCUGUCAGCUCCGUUAGUUCCGUGGAAAAGAAAAAGAAGAAGAAAAAGAAACACAAGCGAGUUUCGAGAUCACAAUCUGUCGAAUCAGAACGUUCUGUAUCGAGAUCUCAGAGUCCAGCACCCAUUAAAAAAAAGAAAGAAAAGAAAAAGAAGAAGGAUCGUCAUCUAUCUGUGAGUCGUUCCCCAAGUCCUGCAAUCGAAUCGCCAACAGAAAAACCGAGCGAGGAGGCUAUUUUAAGUGAAUCUGAACUCGAACAAAGACGAGCAGCGCUAUUAGCUCAACUGCAAAUGGAAGGCGGUUUGGUAUAAAAAAAAAAUAAAAUUUAAGCUGCGAACAUUUAUUUUGAAAAAAAUGCAAGAGAGUAAUUUUAAUGAUAAUCUAAUAAAUAUGGUUCGUAUUUAAGAAAUGCUUUCAGUUAAAAAUUAAUUUAAGCAGCAUCAGUUUUCGUUUCUUUUCCUUGUUUCUUCGACUUUUUCGCAGCAGCUUCGACAUCAAUUGGCGCCGGUUUGACAAAUGGAAUUUCCGUUUUGAAUUUUUCGGGCAUAUAUUGUUGCAAGCACUCCGGGACUUUGAUUCCUGUGUCAGUUUGAUGCGUUUCGAGAAUUGCACAGAUGACACGAGUUGUG